AUGUGUGAAAAAACGUUUAAAUUCUUUAAAUUAAAACCUCAACUUUAUGAGUUUGAAUUGAGUAAACGGCUUGAAAUAAAGUGGAAGUCUGCAAUAGAAGAACCAAUUCCUAUGUUUCUAACAAGUGACAAUGAAUUAAUACGUGUCGAUGAAGACGCAAACACUGUUGAUUGUAAAUUGGAACGAAAUUACAAACAAGAAAAAGGUUCGACUUACAAUGGUAAGGUUUGA